UCAGUUGGUGUUUAGCAUUUCCUCAUAACGCACCGCUAUACAACACACGGUCAUAGAAAUGAACUGGUUUUCAGUUUUUAAAAUUUUAGUAGUGUGUACUACAUUUACAUUUCUCACAACUGAAACAAAUGGAGCCAAAAUAUUAUCGAUAUUUGGGUAUCCAGGACCCUCACAAUAUAUAAUGGCUUCGGCUUUAUUAAAAGGUUUAGCUGAAAGGGGCCAUGAGGUCACCUCAAUAUCAACGUUUCCACAAAAGACCGCAGUAAAAAAUUUCAGAGAUAUAGCUGUUAUGGAAAAUGCCAAACUAUUUGAUGGUUUUACUUCUGAAGCAAUAGUGGAUGAACAGGAAUCCAAUUUCUUUCAGGAAAUGAGUGAAUUUAACGACAUUGGCGCUGAAAUGGUGGAAAAUGUUCUGAAGAAUCCAAAAGUUAAAGAUAUUAUGAAAAAUGAAAAAUUCGAUUUGAUUAUUAUGGAGACCAUAAUGACUGAUGCUUUGUAUGGCUUUGGUCAGCAUUUUAAUGCGCCCAUGGUGGGUGUAUCUACUUUUGGCACCAUGAAUUUCAUAGAUGUUUUAGUGGGCAAUAUAUCGCCCUUGUCGUAUAUACCACAUGUAGGCCUACCUUACGACACUCACAUGAGCCUUAAGGAACGAAUUUUGAAUACUGUUUUCACUAUUAUAGAUGAUUUACAUCUUAACUAUGUGAGAUUGCCGACACAAGAGAAAAUUUUCCACAAAUAUUUUCCCAACUCCAAACUAACAUUCGAUGAGGCGCGCACAAAUUUCUCUUUGGUAUUAUUAAAUCAACAUUUCACUUUAAGUUAUCCAAGGCCAUAUGUCACAAAUAUGAUUGAAGUGGGUGGUUUGCAUAUAAAACAAAAAGCCGACCCUUUGCCCCAAGACCUACAAGAAUUUCUGGACAAUGCUAAAGAAGGUGCCAUCUAUUUCUCUAUGGGUUCUAAUCUGAAAAGUAAAGAUAUUCCGGCAGAAACUUUAAAGGAAAUUCUGGAUACUUUUAGGGAACUUAAACUGAAAGUGCUGUGGAAAUUUGAAGCUGAAACUUUGCCCAAUAAGCCAGACAAUGUCUACAUAAAAUCCUGGUAUCCUCAACCCUCCGUUUUGGCCCAUCCAAAUGUUAAGCUGUUCAUAUCACAUGGUGGUUUCCUGAGUACAACAGAAACUAUAUUCCAUGGCAAACCGAUUUUGGGCAUACCCAUAUUUGGUGAUCAACCCAUGAAUGUUAAGAAUGCUGUUAAAGGCGGUUAUGCUUUAUCAUUAAAAUUAAAUAACUUAACUAAGGAAUCAUUUAAGUCCACCAUAAUGGAACUUUUAAUAAAUGAUCGUUAUACUAAGAGAGUGCAACAGCUGUCAAAACAGUAUAGAGAUCAGCCACAGACUCCUUUGGAUAAGGCCAUAUAUUGGGUUGAGUAUGUUUUGAGACAUGAGGGUGCCCCACAUAUGCGCAAUGCUGGUCUUGAUCUAAACUAUUUCCAGCAAAAUAAUAUUGAUGUAUUUGCUAUAUUAGCUGGAGGUUUCCUACUUUUCUUUGCAGUUUUAGUAAUUUGUAUACGUUUAGUGGUUAAAGUUAUGUGCACAAAAAAGACAACAAAGAAAAGUUCUGGAAAGGGCAAAAAUAAGAGUAAAAUUAAUUGAAUAAAUUUUUAAUGAAUGUUGAUGAAUGCCAUUAUUUUAAGAUACUUAAUAAAGAAAGAUAUUGUUUUUAUAAAUUA